GAUCUAAAUAAAUAUGAAGCUGGAGAACAGGUCCAAAACAAUAAUUCUAGUUCCAUAUCCAGCACAGGGCCAUGUUAAUCCCAUGAUGAAGGUAGCUUUAGCCAUGCUGAAUCUCGGGUUCGAGCCAGUGAUCAUCAUCCCUGAUUUCAUUCACCAAAGGAUCAUAACCAGCUUGGAUCCCAAGUGCAGAAUUACGUUCAUGUCAAUAUCAGAUGGCUUGGAGAAUGACAUACCUCGUGACUUCUUUGCCAUUGAGAAAGCUAUGGAAAACACCAUCCCACCUCACUUGGAAAGCCUUGUUCAUAAAAUUGAUGAAGAAUAUGGUGAAGUGAUGUGUAUGAUUGUCGAUCUUUUAGCAUCUUCAGCGAUCCAAGUAGCUCAUCGCUGUGGAGUCCCUGUAGCUGGAUUUUGGCCUGUCAUGCUUGCCGCAUACCAGCUGAUUGAAUCCAUCCCGGACAUGGUCAGUUCUGGCCUUAUUUCUGAAACAGGAUGUCCCCAACAUCCAGGUCCAAUAUGUUCCCUACGGAAUACGCCUUCACUAUCUACUGCGGAUCUUCCAUGGUUAAUUGGAACUCCAGCAGCAAGAAAAGCGAGAUUCAACUUCUGGACAAGAACCAUGGAUCGAUCAAGGAAUCUUAAAUGGCUCCUCAUGAAUUCCUUUUCAGAUCAGGAACAUUGCCUGGAUGAUAUUAAACCGCACCAGAACCGCAACUCUAGGCCACAUGUCCUUCAAAUUGGGUCUUUGGGUAAUAAUGAGCAAUCAGUAAUCAAGAACCCUAGCUUCUGGGCAGAAGAUAUGAGCUCCUUGCAAUGGUUAGACGAGAAGAAACCUAACACAGUGAUAUACAUCUCAUUUGGGAGUUGGGUUAGCCCCUUUGGAGAAGGAAAAGUGAGAUGUCUUGCAUUAGCACUUGAAGCAAUUGGACAACCUUUUAUUUGGGUGUUAGGUCCUGCAUGGCGAGAAGGAUUGCCAGGAGGAUAUGUAGAAAGAGUAUCAAAGCAAGCGAAAGUGGUAUCAUGGGCACCACAGGUGGAGGUACUGAAACAUCAGGCAGUAGGAUGUUACCUUACACACUGUGGUUGGAAUUCAACAAUGGAGGCUAUACAGUGCCAAAAGCGGCUGUUAUGCUAUCCUAUCGCCGGGGACCAGUUUGUGAACUGCGCCUAUAUCGUUGAGAAAUGGAAAAUCGGAGUGAGGAUCAACGAUUUUGGGCAAAAACAUGUUGAAGAGAGCUUGAGAAAGGUGAUGGAGGAUAGUGGGAUGGAUAGUAGGUUAAUGUGGUUAUAUGAGAGGACAAUGGGGGAGGAAGCUAAAAUAAGAGCAAUGGCUAAUGUGAAAACCCUUAUUGAUGAUCUCCAAAAGAUCAUACCAAAUCAAUCUCUUGGGACUUGGUAACUGAGAAUUAACCCUAUGAUAAAACAAUGUUGUCUUGAUGAUGGCGCAGAGAACUACAGAAUUAACUAUUGAGCUGAACAUGGAAAAGAUCAUGCCCAAUUUUCUACAAGAUACAUUACAAUUGAUUUUUAUUAAAUGUGUACAUGUCGAGGAAUUGUUACGGCCAAAGAUGGCCGCCACAGUCACUCUUAAGAAUCCACAUACUGACGUACCAUGUCAGAGCUUUCUGUGGUAUUAUAUAUAUAAAUAUAUAUAUAGUCAGUUUUCUAUACAGAAAAUUAUGUUGUCCACUAUUGUAGUUUAUAUCUCUACUUACGGGAUAGAAUAAAAAUAGUGAAAAUGGAUAUGUA